AUGAUCUAAAUAUGUUUUUCCUCAGACGAGAUGAGCUCUCAAGUCAGACUGAGGCUGCUUCCAAGUGCCAGGUGUUUGUACGACAAACCCAUUCAGGUAAAAGUGUCACAUCUGAAAUCCAGGCAGGUGGUCCGCAUUAAAGCCAGCUCGACUGAUGAAAGAGGAGUUCUGUUCAGCUCUUCAGCCACUUACAGGGCUGAUGAAAAUGGAGAGAUUGACCUGGUCAGAGACGCCUCACUCAGCGGGAGCUACGUUGGAGUUGAACCGAUGGGUCUACUGACGACGCUGAAACCAAACAUUGUUAACAAACUUUUUGUUAAGGACAAAGCUUUAGAGCCUCACAUGGUGAAGUUCUCUGUGCACGAUGAAGAGGAACAGGACCGGAUGCUGGCAGAGGCGACCAAUGAGAGGUUUCUGAUGGCAGACGGGGUCAGCCGAGUUUCUGUGGAAGAAGGGAACUUUCAUGGAGCUCUGUUUACUCCCCCAGGAAAAGGUCCAUUCCCUGCUGUGUUGGAUCUGUCCACCGUCAUGUCAGAGAAAAGAGCAGCUCUGCUGGCAGAUAAAGGAUUUGUGGUUCUCACAGUUCCAGUCAUCAAUGAAGAGUCAGUUAACGUGAAAAUGUUGCACCUGGACCCUUUUGAGGAAGCGAUUACUUUUUUACUGCAGCAACCAAAGGUGGGCAGUAAACGGAUUGGUAUUGUUUCAAAAUCAAAGGCAGCAGAUGUUGCCCUUUCUCUCGCUGCUUUUGUCCCAGGUGUGGAGGCCAAGAAACUCAUUCCUACACAGUCAGGAGCUUUCAUUGCAAAGUACGCCAUGCAUGAUCCUCUAAAAGAGGAGAACAGAGCCACUUUAAUCCCCAUUGAACAAGCAAACACACAUUUCCUCUUUGUGGCCCCAGAGGACGACCUUAAUUGGGACAGCAACAUUUACAUGAUCGAGAUGGAGGAGAGGCUGAAGCAUCAUGGGAAGAAAAACUUUGAGAGUGUGUGUUAUCCUAAAGCUGGACACUUUCUGGAGCCCCCUUAUGGACCGUUCUGCUCCUCCAGCUUAAACAGGUUUUUAAAAAAGCCAGCUCUGUGGGGGGGAGAAUCAAUGGCCCAUGCAGCAGCUGAAGUUCACAUGUGGAAGAAGAUCCAGGAGUUCCUCAAAAGUCAUGUGAGCUGUGAUCCUGUGCAGAAGAAUGGAAAAUUAUAGAUUUAAUCAAAGUCUAAAUAAUUAUGACUUUUAAUAUAAAUAUCAUUCUAAUUGUCUUGAUUAUUGAUGUGUUUGACAGCUAAACUUUUCAUUUAGGAAGUUUGUUUUCUAUUUUACAAGAUGCCUGAGCAAAAAAUGAGAUUU